AUGGCUCCAACAGAUCUCACACAUGUCACAAAAAACCAAUCAAGGGAUGGGGAAGAAGCAAGUGAAGAAGAUAAUCUAAGCCAAGAUUGUAAGGAUCUUAUUCUCUCUCUUCCUAAAGAGAAGGGUUUUUCCAUUCUACAGAUAUCCCCUUAUCUCUAUCUAUUCCAAGGGUUUUGGUUCUCUUCAGCUUUCAUCCAAACCAUAAACAUUAUUCAGAAACACUUCCAAGCUAAAGACAGUGAUGUUGUUGUAGCCACCAUUCCAAAAUCAGGCACCACAUGGUUGAAAGCCCUUACCUUUGCCAUUAUCAACCGCCACCGUUUUUCAUCCUCACAGAACCAUCCAUUGCUUACUUCAAAUCCCCAUGACCUUGUGCCUGUCUUUGAACACACCGUUUAUGGGGAUGCACAUAACCAAGUUCCUAACCUCUCCAACAUGAUCGAGCCAAGACUUUUUGGUACUCACAUUCCAUUCCCUUUAUUGGCUAAGUCAAUCAAGGAGUCCAAGUGUAGGAUCAUUUAUAUAUGCAGGAACCCUUUCGACACUUUUGUGUCUCUCUGGAUUUUCCUCAACGCAAUUAACGUAGGCCCUCAAUUUGCAUUAACAUUAGAGGAAGCUUUUGAAAUGUACUGCAACGGGUUAGUUGACUUUGGUCCAUCUUGGAACCAAAUGCUUGGUUACUGGAAUGAGAGCAUAGCUAGACCACACAAGGUUCUGUUCUUGAAGUAUGAGGAUCUUAAACAAGAUGUCAAUUUUCACGUGAAAAGAGUGGCUGAAUUCUUGGGUUGUCCUUUCACUCAAGAUGAGGAAAAUAGUGGAGUGAUUGAAAACAUAAUAAAGCUGUGUAGUUUUGAGAAGAUGAAGGAAUUGGAGGUAAAUAAUUCUGGAGCAACUGGCACGAACAUUUGGAAAAAGCACUUGUUUCGUAAGGCUGAAGUAGGGGAUUGGGUGAAUUACCUUUCUCCUUCAAUGGUGGAAAAAUUAUCCAAAAUCAUGGAGGAAAAGUUAAGUGGAUCGGGACUUUCAUUUACGAUGAAUUCUUAA